AGGCACCGUAUAACGUUCAACGGAUCCGUCAUUACUGAAUGCGAUGUGUGAACAGAAAACUCGCAGUAUACCGCCGCUAUUCUACAAGGAUGGACGCUGUCGCGUUGUAUUGGUACUAUCGUCGGAGAAGGAAGAUUCGACGUUAUUGGCAGCAUCCACUUAUGGCCCAAAGAUCUAGAGAGGGUGCUUACGGUUUACUUAUGAGUCAGUUACGAGGUGAUGAAUCGAAAUUUUUCAAUUACUUUCGUAUGUCAAUGUCUACUUUUGAUGAACUUCUUAAACUAUUGGAAAAGGAUUUAAAAAAGCAGGAUACUCGUUGGAGGAAAAGUAUCUGCCCAGAAGAAAAACUAGCGAUAUUUUUAAGAUAUGCAGCAUCCGGAUGUUCAUUUAAAGAUCUUCAUUACACCUAUCGCGUUGGUGUAUCGACUGUUAGCAACAUUAUUAAAGAAGUUUCAAGGUGCAUAUGGAACAAUUUAAGUGAAAAAUUUAUGCGACUUCCUACAUCAGUCGACGAAUGGGAACAGAUAGCAAGUGGAGCUGUCGACGGAAAACAUAUCCGACUUAAAAAACCACUAAAUAGCGGUUCACUAGCUAGGAGAUACGUUGAAUGUGCCUUCGGUAUCUUAGCUAAUAAGUGGAGAAUAUCCCAUCGGCCUCUAGACAUCGAUAAAACAACAGCUUUAUCGACUGUUACGGCAUGUACUAUUCUACACAACUUUAUAAGGGACAAAGAGGGCUCAAACAGUGAUAAUAACGUAUCUCAAGAAUUUAGUUACGAAAACCUACCACAUGAAGUAAGAACACGAGGUGAUAAUACUGAAAAUUGA